AAAUUAUUUAAAAUAAUUUUCAAAGAAAAACUUUUAGCGGCUACAGCCACAAUUGCCUCAUUGUUGCCGCCCAUUAAACCCUUUCCUUUUGCUUCCCUUCUGCACCCACCAUUGCGCAUGAAUGUUUUCUCCUCCCCCACUGCAAGCAGGUGGCGCUUCUGGAGAUUUUUUUUUGUCCCACAGUGAGUGGAAGAAAAAAAGAACAUUUCUGUGCCCUUUUGCAUCUGCAUGGUGUGGUGGAUGUGAGAAUUUUGCGAGCAGGCCAAAAAAAAAGCUCCAUUUUUUGUGCAUUUCCGGUGGUAAUUGUUGUGCCAAAAAAAAAGGACGCUUAAAUUGUUUUCCACGCAACGAGCACAUUAUUUGCCAGCAAUUGGGCGCCCAAUGUUGGCGCGGUGGUAGUGUGUUGAAUUUAGUCUUCUUUAAGAACAAAAAAAACUCUUUUUCUUGUGUGGCUAAUGGGCUGGCAUGAGAGGUAGCGCCUCAAGAGGGCGUCCCCGUUGGCCCAGCAAUGUGGCCCAAUUGAUGCAGAAUGAAGAAGCAAAAUGUUCGCACGAUUUCGCUUAUCGUGUGUACGUUUACGUAUCUCCUUGUUGGGGCGGCUGUCUUUGAUGCUCUAGAAUCGGAAACGGAAAAGAAGCGUUGGGACGCACUACAGGCGGUGGAACGAAUGGUCAUCAAGAGGUACAACAUUACAGAGGAAGAUUUUAAAGUUAUGGAAACUGUUGUAUUGAAAUCCGAACCCCACAAAGCGGGGCAACAGUGGAAGUUUACAGGAGCAUUCUACUAUGCUACAACAGUUCUCACAACCAUUGGGUAUGGACACUCAACACCAACAACAAUUGGGGGGAAACUCUUUACAAUGUGCUACGCCAUUGUGGGCAUACCACUGGGUCUUGUUAUGUUCCAGAGCAUCGGAGAGCGCGUCAACAGACUCAGCAGUUAUGUUAUAAAAACCGUGAAGACGUCCCUUCACUGCCAUAACACUUCCGCAUCCGAAGUCAACUUAAUCUGCGUAGUUACGACUCUGAGUUCCCUCACAAUAGCCGGUGGGGCGGCGGCUUUCUCCAAAUUCGAGGGUUGGAGCUACUUUGACUCAGUUUACUACUGCUUCAUCACUCUAACAACAAUUGGAUUCGGGGAUAUGGUGGCGCUACAGAAAGACAAUGCACUCAAUCGGAAACCCGAGUACGUCAUGUUUGCGCUCAUUUUCAUUCUCUUCGGGUUGGCCAUCGUAGCGGCAUCCCUGAAUCUUCUUGUCUUGCGUUUCGUGACGAUGAACACGGAAGACGAGCGUCGGGACGAAGCACAGGCAAUGCAAGCCCUGCAGGUGGCUGUACGACUCGAGGGUGACGUCAUAACGGCCAACGGUUCCAUCCUAAGUGGCCACAUUGGUCACGAUGCCGUAUCAUCGGAUGUCGAUGCAGCCUCCAUCUGCAGUUGCCACUGCGCCUGCUUCCGUGCCACACGCCACAAACGAUAUGAGCACAGAUUUAAGGUACGACGAUCACCGAGUCGUAUCCGGCAUUUGCUGCAGCCAACGGUGCUUCCGAUGAAGGAAUUUUCAGGGGAUCAACCCUCUACCUUCAGUCUCUACCACAAUCAGGCUUCCACGGCACUCUUGCAGCCGCCCUUCCCCGGAAACGAACUACCCCCCGUCUACCAGCCGCAACAGCGAGCCUCCGUCUGAGCCCUGCUUCCGUGAAAUUCCCCCCGAAAAGAAAAAAACUCCCAAUAAAGCCAAUAAUAAAAAAUUAAAUAAAAACGAUUCGGACUUAAA